CGGUCCUGCGACCUCUCAGAGCCUCAUUUUCUUCAUCUGCAAAAUAGGAAUAACAGUACUUCUACUGUCUAACUCACAGGGUCAUUGGGAGGAUGGGGCUUGGCAAACCUUAAAAGGCCAAGGAAAUGUGAGCUAUUAUUAAUUCAAUUCAACUCAGCCAGUGUGCAUAAAGGACCUCCUAUGUGUCAGGCCCUAGGAGAGCCUCUGGAGAUACAAAGAUCCUCUUGGGGAGCAGAUACUCCCCUUGAUCCUGACUUGGUUGCCCAAAUCCCCAAAGCCAGGCUGGAUACUCCAGUAAAAAAUGCUCAUUUACAGCUGUUGCUAUUUCCUCUUUCCAGUUGCUGGUUGAAGAUAGAAAAAGGAUUUAUCUGGAGUUUCAUAGGACCCGUAUUUGUCAUCACGUUGAUAAAUUUGACCUUUUAUUUGACAACCCUGUGGAUUUUGAGAGAGAGACUUUCAUCACUCAACAAAGAAGUGUCCACCAUCCAAAACACAAGGACCCUGGCAAUUAAAGCCUUAGCUCAGCUCUUCAUCCUGGGCUGCUCGUGGAGUCUUGGCUUCUUUCUGAUUGACUCUAUAGAUGAACCAGCCAGAUCAGUCAUUGCCUACACCUUCACCAUCAUCAACUCCCUGCAAGGCGUCUACAUCUUCCUGGUACACUGUGUCCUCAGCCGCCAGGUCCAAGAGGAAUACAAGAAAUACUUUAAGAGAAUUAAGAUAAGGACUGAAACAGAUACCUAUGUAAUGGCUCUUUCAACUAGCCACAGCAGAACGCUGGGAAAAUAAUUGCACUUUGAAAGGAAAAAAAGAUGCCACCUCUGCCUGAAAGGAUCUCAUUGCUCAUUCCAUCAGCAGACUCCAGCUCCUGGGAGAUCAGAAGAAAGAGAGGGAGCUUUCAUCAAUGGCACAUUCAGGAAGUACCACCUCUUGCUAUACACUUAUAGUACCGAGAACUUGUUUCAGAAAGAUGCUCCUGCUAGAGCAUUUUGUUAGAUUUCCUUGAUCACUAUGUCUAUGUCAUGUCCUCAGUGACACAUUCCAUGCAUCUGACCUGUAAUUAUCUGCUAUACAAGCUAUUAUUAACCCUUUUCCCUGGCUGGCCACUUUUUUCCUGAAUGGGAUUGGGAGGUGGGGAGGUAAGAAAGAAGGAGGGUUUGGAGACGCAAAGGUACUUGCCAUUCAGAGGAUGAACUAGAUUAGGGAAAGGUAGGCUUGGGAGAUUAUUGUCUGAUUUCAAUUCUUCCACCCAGCUAGUUCUUCAAAGGAAUAUGUAAGCCAGUAUCUGCCUAGACACUGACAUGCUGGGGACUAGAAAAGAAGCAGGAAUUAUCACUGGGCUAUCUCCUUCCUUAUAUAAAUUGUCUCAUUCAUUUUUCCCCCUCUCUCUUCCUAUGUAAACAAUUCUAACCCUCCUCACACCCUCCUCUUCUGAUUUUAUAAGAUUUUACUUUCAAUAUUGAUAUUGCAAUAAUAUCAUCUGCUCUUUUAUCACAAAUGUACAGCAUUUCAGCUAUGUGGUUCAAACAAGGGUUGUGUGGGCUAGCCUGGGAAUGUGACCGCUAGUCAUGAAAUGCUUUUCGUGUUGCUAGUUUCAAAGAACCAAUUCACAGAUAAAGUUUGGUAAUUUCACUCAUUUGGUUACUUAUCAGUUUUUUGUAGUUACUUUGUAAGUUCAUAAUCUAUAGGCAAUAUUAAAAUAGUUACUACUACUGUCAUCUCUCAGUACUGUAUUAUCAAUCUGUAUGCCAUUUUGAGUUAGUUACAUGCAUGAAAAUGAAUAAAACUAAGUUUUUGCUGUCUUAA